AUGGCGAAGGGAAUCUUUCCUCGAAUGGACACGGCCGAAAUCAUAAACGCCUUGUCUGGCUGGGGCUUUCCUGUCACUCAGCAACAACUUAUACAUCCCACCCCGGAGUUUGUCGAAGGCGUCUAUUUCGCUUGCUUGCAGCAGGUUACCGAUCUUAACCAAGAGACGCUGCGAGAACCAAUACAAAACUCACUUGACGGUUCACAAGUCAUAGAGAGGGACCUGUAUACCAAUGCAUUUACCAACAAUCUCAUGCUAUAUCAUAUAACACGAUUGGCUCGAGCUGCUAGGAUUGACGACUUUAACGCCAAGGAUCUCUCAUCUCCUGAACGAGACCGUACACUCGUCAUUCUCUCUGCCUUCAUAAACUUUGUCAAGUUCACCGAACAGUAUUGCGAAGCUUUUGUCAAGGACUUGCGCGACCGCUCUGCAACACUUUUACUAGAACGCGACCAACUCAUUGGACAAGUUGAGGAUAUUCAGAGAGCCAUCGACGUCCUCCAAGCAAAGAUCAGCGAAGACGAGCCACGAAGAGUCCAACUGCAGGAAGAGAACAAGGCGCUUCGUGAUAAACUCUUCAAAACCAAGGAUGCUCAAGUUGCCUCUGUGCAAGAGGUUGAAAUGCUUAAAGCUGAGAAGAACAAUCUCUUGAAACGCAAAGAAGCUAUCAACCUCGAAAUCAAUAGGGUACAGGAUGAGAUUACAAGAACGAACUCUCGCAUCGUUCAGUCCCCAGAGCGGAUAAAAAGGACUAUUGCCACCAUGUCGCAGACAACGAUCGAGGACAAGCGCACGGUCGCGAUGAAUGAGGCCAAGGCUCGGGACUUGCAAGCGAAGAUCACAGCACUGCUAAACAUCGAGAAGGACGUACGAGGAUGCGUCGAGCAGUUGCAGACAGUAGAGCGUGAAGUGCAUUCGCUACAGCAGGCACAGAAAGAACUAGCCGAUGUCAAAGAUCAUUUAGAUGGCAAGAAAAUGGAACGAAAUGAACUGCGGAUGAAGCAGGAGCGCGUAGAAAAGCAGUUAGUCAACGCCCAGGACAAGUUGGAGCGAGCCCAGAGGCAUGCGGAGGAGAAGCGUAUCCAGAGUCAAAAGGCGAUUGAAAGGGUGAAGAAAGAGUACGAGGAGAUGUCCUUGGAGCGUCGAGAAAACGACAAACAAGUGGAGGAAUUGCGGAAGCAGGCACAUGCAGUCGAAAUGAAGAUGGCUGAACAUCUGAGAGCGAGCGAGCAGGAACUCAAUGAACUAUUGUCGGAAUAUUGGAAGCUCCGCCAUGAGACGGAUGUAUUCAUGGAAACGCUGGCUAAUAAGUUGAAUAUGAGAGUGAUAGCAGAGUAA